ACGUCCGGCGUCGCGACGACUGUGAGCGUCGGUCGACGGUUGAUGAGGACGUGUUGCAUCUGAAGCAACAGUUUUGUGUGUCUGACGCCGCUAUUUUUUCAAAUCAUGCUUUUCGGUGCGCCGAAGUUUUUUUUUGGGACCGGUGUAUUGGUGUUUGCCUUAAUUUUUGUGGUAAAAUCGGACGAAUCAUGUGAUAUAGAAAUAGAAAACACUCUAAAAACCUUACUAACACCACAAGACUACCCAUCGAUGCAGCAGCAGGCGCUUCGCAAAGACUUGUUGCGUAGAUUUCAACAGGCGCUCGAUCGAGCCGACGACGAAGACGAAAUGAAUUACAAAAGGUCGAUAAGUUCGCUAGCACAAUGGGGUAAUUUACCCGGAAAACGUAACUUGGAAGCACUGGCCAGAGCCGGCUAUAUCCGCACUCUACCCAAUCCCGACGAGGAAGAUCCCAACAAUAAAAGAAGUCUCUCGACUUUGGCCAAAAACGACCAAUUACCCACCACGUUCCAAAAUAACGAAAGCAAACGGGGAAUCGAGUCGUUGGCACGAAACGGCGAAUUACACAACAGGAGAGACAUCCAAGAACUGUUGGACGAACUCUACAACAAGCGGAACGUUGGCAGUCUGGCCCGGAAUUUUAAUUUCCCCAGUUAUGGCAAACGAUAUUUGGCGAGUUUGGUGCGAAACGGCGAACUCAAGUACAGCGGGAAAAGGAACAUCGCCUCGAUCAAAGCCCAAUAUCCCGGCACUAGGAGUAAAAGACAGGCGAGUUAUUACGACGGGGAGGGUGGCGAGUUCUCCCUCCCGGUGUAUCAAAACCAGAACGUGGACGAUUAUGAGGAGCUCGUGAAAGCGUUGGCGGCGGCUUAUCCUAAUAACGACAAGCGAUUCCUAGGCUCGGUGGCUAGGAGCGGCUGGUUUCGGCCAAAUUCCCGCUACCGGUCGCCUGAAAAGCGCCACAUUGGCGCUUUGGCACGUCUUGGGUGGCUGCCGACGCUGCGAAACGUCCGGAGAUUCAACCGCUCCGGCAGGUCCACCACUUUGGAGGGCUGCAGGGAGGCUGCCACAGAUGGGCAAACCGAAGACGACGCCUUCGCCGAAGACCAGAUUUCACUAGAGGAUAAGAGGUUUCUACUGCAACCUGCUGUCGAUCAAAUAUUGUUAAGGAAGAUAUUUAUGCAUCCGAGGACACAUCCGGCGAUUAAUUAGUUUGGUUUUUUGGCACAUAUCUCGAUAAUUUUUGCAUAUCUCCGAUAUAUCAGACUCACUUCGAAGUUAAUAUUUUUAAUAACAAUAAUUCUAUCGAUCAACAAGUCAUCAAAAUUAUGGUUAUAGGACUUAGACUAGUUAAGGCCAAUGAUAAUUUUAGUAUUGGAUGUUGGGCUGGACGAGACAAUAUUAUGCUGUGUAAGACAAUAGAUCCUCCUUAAAAAUAUGUAAUGACAAUAAAUGUAACUGUAGACAAUAUAACGCCGGACUUUACAACGGCUUGUCUUAUCUAGUGUUAAAAAUAAAUGUGAAUUUUAAAACGUCAAAUAAAAUUUAUUGACAAAA